AUGGUGACUCACACUGGAGCCUCUGACAGUCAAAGGACUUGGGUGGAGAAUACAGCAGGUGAUCAUUAUCCCAUCUUCGUGGCACAAGAAGUCAAAGUGAGGACAUGUGGUGGGUCCUCCAGAGUGAAAUUCCGGAUUUCCCUGCGUCUUCCGGUAGGAGCUGUGAUCAACUGUGCUGACAACACAGGAGCCAAGAACUUGUAUAUCAUCUCUGUGAAGGGAAUCAAGGGACGGCUGGACAGACUUCCUGCUGCUGGUGUGGGUGACAUGGGGAUGGCUACAGGUAAGAAAGGCAAACCAGAACUAAGAAAAAAGGUAUGUCCAGCAGUGGUAAUUCGACAACGAAAGUCAUAUCGAAGAAAAGACGGGGUGUUUCUGUAUUUUGAAGAUAAUGCAGGGGUCAUAGUAAACAAUAAAGGCGAGAUGAAAGGUUCUGCUGUCACGGGUCCAGUUGCAAAGGAGUGUGCAGACUUGUGGCCCAGGACUGUAUCCAAUGCAGGCAGCGUUGCAUGAUUCUCCAGUGUAUUUGUAAAAUAUAUUCAUUAAAAAG